AUGAAUCAAAAGAUGAACACUACCAAUCAUCAUCAGCACCCCAUUCAAUCGUUAUUAUUCAAUCAUCAUCACUGUUCCGAGUUUUCAAUGUCUCUCCGAACCAAUCAUGCCAUCAUACCAUCAGAUAGUUCAUUGAUGGAUACACCUUCAUCCACAACAACACCAACAGCCAUGAACAUCCAAACCACUUCAAGUAUUGAUCCCAAUGAAGUCAACAAAUUCUCACUUCUUGCCAGAAUGAAUGAAUGGUGGAAUCCUAAUGGCUCUCUCAAAACUCUUCAUCAUAUUAAUCCAGCUCGAAUGGAAUACAUUCGAUCACGAGUAGUGAAUCAUUUCAAUUUACUACACGAUGAUUAUAAGCCUUUUAAAGGUCUCACGUUUUUAGAUGUUGGAUGUGGAGGUGGAUUGGUGAGUGAAUGUUUGGCUCGCUUGGGUGCAUCGUCUGUGAUUGGAUUGGACGCAUCAAGUGAUAAUAUUAUGAUUGCCAAAGAACAUGGAAAGUCUAUUGAGAAUUUGGAAUAUAUUCACUCGACUGUUGAGGGUUUAAUUUACAAAAUGACGACAUUGCACAACACUAGUCUCAAUCAUUCAACCAUGUGCAGUAAUACUCAAAACCACACUAGUGGAACUAGUGUAUAUACUCACACUUCAUUCGAUUGCAUUGUAUGUCUUGAAGUGAUUGAACAUGUGGCUCAUGCUGAAUCAUUCAUACAAUCUCUUUCUCAAUUAUUGAAACCAAAUGGAUUGUUAAUUAUGAGCACAAUGAAUAGAACUCCCAAGUCCUAUCUUCAGACUAUUGUAAUGGCAGAAUAUUUGCUAGGAAUUGUACCUCGUGGUACUCAUGAUUGGAGAAAAUAUGUGACUCCCCAAGAAAUGUGCAUUUUUAUGAAGAAGGCGAAUAUUGAGCUUGUAGAUGUUGAAAGUAUGGAAUACAAUCCAUUCACACAUAGAACUACUAUUGGUGGUGAUGGCAAUGUUGAUGUGAAUUACUUUGUAGUGGGACGUAAAAGACCUUAA